AUGUCAGCACAGGAUCCGGCACGGUCGCCGAGGUCUUUUCAAGCAAAAAAUACUAAGAAUCUCUCACUGAACAUUAGCAAACCAUCUACAGCGACAGCAGCAAGAACUACAACAGGACUACAAGACACACCAAUACCAAGACCCGUCGGUCUUGGUGAUACCAAAUUUAGGAGACCAACUCCAUUGAUGAGUCGUAGAAGUGAUGCCGCCAUAUAUACACAGCGAAGGAAUGCUAAUUCCAACGGGAAUAACAAUAGUAAUAAUGGUAAUGGUCCUCGCUUGCACAGGGUCCAUUCUCUGUCUCUUUCUGUCAAGACUACGGAGUUGGAACCGCCUGCAUCAAGUAAACAAAUGUGGGUUCUGCCGCGUAAGAAAAGUUUUGACGAAGAUGUGGAAAAGUCCGGUGUGGGUCCUUCCUCUGCCGAGAAUGCUGGGAAUGCUUACCCGGAUGGACCUCUUUGCGUAGUUUCACCAAAUGUGUAUCUGUAUUCUGAACCAACAUUAGAACAGGCUCUCAAGUUUGAUCUCGUGAUCAAUGUAGCCGCUGAAAUUGCAGAUUUGGGACCGUUAAUACAUCGAGGUAGCGGUGUGGAAUACGUACGAGUACCGUGGACUCAUAAUACUAGAAUCAUUGAUGAACUUCCGAUUUUAACGGAAACGAUUCAUUUAGCACAACAGCGUGGUCUGCGUGUGCUAAUUCAUUGUCAAUGUGGUGUUUCAAGAUCAGCUUCAUUAAUAGUCGCUUAUAUCAUGAGAUAUGAAAAACUGCCGCUUAAUGAUGCUUACGAGAAACUGAAGUCAGUAGCACUUGAUAUUAGUCCAAAUAUGGGAUUAAUAUUCCAAUUAAUGGAAUGGGGGGAGACACUUGAUAGUGAGAGUCGUUUGAUUUCAUCAUUCUCUCAAGAGACUACGCCAAGAACCCCGGGUGAAUAUUUUAAAACUAAUUUAUCAUCAGCUAGUACGUGUAGCAGUACUACUGUGGUAAGUGAAAGGGAGUGA